AUGGCCGCUCCAGCAGGCGACACCGCCAGAGAUGGGAAGCCCUUCUAUGGCACCCUGUUUGAUUCGCAAAAGCCCAUCCCGAGUCCUACGCCCCUCUUCGACGCCCUCUUGAGAGCCGUCGCCCUCCACAUUAUAAGCGAUGUUGGUGACAAGAACGAAAAGUACCUGACGCCCGGCAAGAUGGCUGCUUUCUAUCAAGCGGCCGGGCAUAACUAUGAUAGUCUUUUCGUCGAGAUGUCGGCUCAGUCGAUAUCAUUCAUCUACCAGGUUCAGGGCUGCCAGCACCUCCUCUUGCCCACUGAGAAUGACUUCAUCGCCCCUUCAGUCCCGGCGCUCACUGUCAAGGGCUUCUCGAGGUGGCAAGCUAUCCAGAUUUUGCUAGAGCCGCAGGUCCAUGUUCCCGUUCUGCAGUUCGCCGUACGCAACUGGGGUCUGAAGAACCCCGACGACGGGACCGUGUUCCCCCCCGACCUACCCGCCGAAUCCCUGCCCACCGACACGGACCCCGAUACCGACCGCUGGCACCGGGGCUGCGCGGUAAGGUUGCGCGAGGAGGCAACGCCAAAGGAGGAGCCGAGGCCCGACUUUGCCGACCGCAAGGUUCCCUACUCGCAUGUUCGCAUCAACCCGGCAUCCCCACACGACUACUUCUCCGAACGCAAGGUUCCUUACUCGCACGUCCACGUGGGUCCUGCCCCGCACCCUGUCCGUCAGGGCUCCUCGGGCGUGGGGCGAUCCCCCGAGCGCGAACGGGAGCGCGAGCGCGAGAGAGAUCGGGCCCGGGAGAGAGACCGCGACCGCGACCGCGACCGCGAACACUAUCCGCGGCGCCAGGGCUCGUCGUCCGACGAGCCUCGCCGCCGGAGCCUUUCCGACUAUCCUCCCCACCAACCCCAGGAGUCACGUCCAGUGCGUGUCCCACAUAUCGUGCCCGAGCGCAGUCCAAACCCGAACCAGCGACGUCACAGCCAACCCCGGCAAUACAGCACCUCGUCCGAGACGGACGACAUUCCCCUAAGCCCCGACACCGUAAAGCCCGCCCCAACUAAGCGCCGUUCCAGAGACCCGCCUCCAAUCGCCGUUCGCCAUGUCUUUACUGGCCCCGAGGAUUCCCCCAGAGUCAGGUCCUCACACGCCCAUCCCGGCUCCCGCUCCCGCUCGCCCGCAACGACGCCCGGGGGAGUCCCGCUUACCGCGCCUGAGGUGGCGCGAAUAUACACACGCGCCGAAGAUCAAAAACGGAGAAGCUUUUUUGACAUAGUCGAUAUCGGUAAGGAGAAGCUCUCCAGCUUUCUUCCUGGUUCCGUCGCGUCGGAACGUCAACGGAGUGGCUCGCGGGGCAAUGAGGGGCACACGAGCGGGUCCGCGCGGAGCUCAAGAGACGAUAUCCUGCAUGGGGUGCGGCUGCCCCGGACAUAUUCGGGCGAAGAGCCUGAUGAUUCGGACCCCGAGAGAGCUGCGCGCCGCCUGAGGGCUCGGAGGGACAGAGAGAGGGACGGCCACCGGGAGCGAGACCGGGACCGUGAGAGGGAAAGAGACCGAGACCGGGAUCGUGACAGGGACAGGGACAGGGACAGGGAUCGGACGGUAGUGCGGGAUAGAUCUGACCGCCCCAAAGAACAUCCUCGGGAUCGCGACCGCGACCGUGACCGCGAAGACAAGGCCCCCCUUAGCGGCGACCGCCCGCGCACCUCUGGCUCGCGAAGAGAACGCGAGCGCGGCGGCGACUCGGACGACGACGACACCUCGCCCCGCAGCUUCACGCGCGGGCCCUACCUGGCCCGCCCCGACUCCCACCGCCGCACGAGCAGCCAUGCCGACAUUGAUCGCCGGCGGGACGACUGGGGCUCGGCGCCGUCCGGCAGAGAGCGCGAACGGAACCGAGAUCCCGAUAGGGAUAGGGAUAGAGACCGGGACCGGGACCGGGACAGGGACCGGGAGAGGCUGAGGCGCGACGAGCCCCGCGUGCCCCGUAAACACGACCGGGAGCGAGGAGACCGCGACCGCGACCGCAUGCCCAGUCCCGUCGUCACGGGCGUCGGCGGGAGGAAAUAUCCCGACCUCGGGUGGAGUCGCGAGUAA